GGGGCGGAGCCUGGCGAAGACGGGGACGGGGUCGCCGGCGCUCCGGCUCUUGGAGUCGGCGGCUCCCUCAGGCGCUGCGACGCGGACGUAGAGCCUGGAGGGCGGGUGGCUGUGGUUCCCGGGGGGCACUCUCAGCUUCGGGCGGAGGCGACAUGAGUGCUGCGGGGCUUUUGGCGCCUGCUCCGGCCCCGGCUGGAGCGCCGCCGGCCCCGGAGUACUACCCAGAGGAGGACGAAGAAUUGGAGAGCGCCGAGGAUGACGAGCGCAGCUGCCGUGGCCGCGAGUCGGACGAAGACACUGAGGAUGCUAGUGAAACUGACCUGGCAAAGCAUGAUGAAGAAGACUAUGUAGAAAUGAAGGAACAGAUGUAUCAGGAUAAACUGGCUUCUCUCAAGAGACAGUUGCAACAACUGCAGGAAGGUACAUUACAAGAAUAUCAGAAGAGGAUGAAGAAAUUAGAUCAGCAGUACAAAGAGAGGAUACGAAAUGCAGAGCUCUUCCUCCAGCUGGAAACUGAACAAGUGGAAAGAAAUUACAUCAAAGAAAAGAAGGCGGCAGUGAAAGAAUUUGAAGACAAGAAGGUUGAGUUGAAAGAGAACUUAAUUGCUGAGCUAGAGGAAAAGAAGAAAAUGAUUGAAAAUGAAAAGCUAACGAUGGAACUGACUGGAGAUUCCAUGGAAGUGAAACCCAUCAUGACCAGAAAGUUGCGGAGGCGACCGAAUGAUCCUGUCCCCAUCCCAGACAAGAGGAGGAAACCUGCUCCUGCCCAGCUCAACUAUUUGUUAACAGAUGAGCAGAUCAUGGAGGAUCUAAGAACGUUAAAUAAGCUGAAGUCACCCAAGAGACCAGCAUCCCCGUCCUCUCCUGAACACUUGCCCACCACCCCUGCAGAGUCUCCAGCACAGAGAUUUGAAGCUCGGAUAGAAGACGGCAAACUGUACUACGAUAAAAGAUGGUACCAUAAGAGCCAAGCCAUCUAUCUGGAGUCGAAGGACAACCAGAAACUGAGCUGUGUGAUCAGCUCUGUCGGGGCCAAUGAAAUCUGGGUGAGGAAGACAAGCGAUAGCACCAAGAUGAGGAUUUACCUGGGCCAGCUUCAGCGUGGGCUCUUUGUGAUCCGCCGGAGGUCAGCGGCUUGAUGUUCUCCAGUAUUCUUCUUCCCUCGACCCUUUUUCUGGAAUGGUUUUUGGUUUUGUCUUGUUUUCUUAAUAGAAAAUUUUUAACUUGGGAAUGGCUCCUUGGCCUUGGCAGAUGGAGAACACUGUGGUGGAUUCUGCAAGGCACUCUCGUGGCCAGCCCCGUCCCGCCUUGCAUCAUUCUUUCCCUGCACCAACUUCUUCCAGUCGUCCGUCACCCUGAGACUGUUGUACUCUCUGGAGCAUUGGGAGUUGGCUUUACCAAUUUUUUUUUUUUUUUGCUUAUGCUUUGUCUUUUUUUUUUUUUCCCCUCUUUUAAAGCCUCCUCUGAAGAGACAGCUCUCUGUAUUAUCUGUAGGUCUUUCUUCCAUGGCGAGGAGCAGGAAGGGGUACCCUCUGCAAUCCGUUUUCACCUUUUGAAUCUGAUCAGUGGAUCACAUAGGUCCCUUCCUUGUCGAGUGCAGUUCGCUGCUUCCCCAGAAGCUUGGGGCAGAGGUCCUAGCAGAAGAAGAGUCAUUCUCCGGACUCUAAGCCUUCUUGGAGAAACGAAUGUCUUGUGUUACGUCUGGUGUGUUCCAUCCAUUCCACCGGCUGAAAGACAGAAAAGUUUGCGUGAGAGAUAACGUGCACUGCAGUAAACGGGGCUGGAGCAGGGAGAGUGUUUCAUAUUCAUAAAGUGCUGAAGGUACUGAUUUCAAAUGUUGUUUAGACAAGUGGUUUAUUCACACAGAUUUAUUCUAGCUCAGUCUGGAACACGAAGUGCUCAUUUCAGAAAUGUCAGUGUGUAGUUCACUGCUGUCUCCUGCUCCCAAGUAGAUGAGGUGGUCCCUGCUGCCAGCUGAUGAUCUGGGUUGUCUGUGGUCUGUGGGGAGGUGAGAUGGAUGGUGGAGUCAUCAGUGAUCUGUACACUGUAACUCAGAUCACACUCUUGUUGCUGAUGCCAGUGUUUCACCUUGGCCCUUCCAAACCCAUGAAACCUUGUCAGCUCCCAGGAGCUCUGGCCCAGGUUGGAGACAAAGAAGGCUGUGACCGCCAUUAAACCCACAAUCUCCCUAAAUGAAUCCUGAUGAAACAGCCUGCCCUGCUCACGUUCCUUCACUGUCCAGAUUGGACAGAUGACUUAUUGGCUGAUUGUUUGCUUUAAUAUUCUUGUUGCCAUCUUAAGAUGUUAAAGUAUUUGGGUCAAGUGUUAGCAUCUCUGAGCAAUCAGUAGACGUUAUGUGUCCUAGGAAACCUUUGUAAGCAAUUCCCUUGGUCUCAAGUGAUUGUCUUCGUAUUAUCUCUUGAUACACAUGUCCCAAAGUAGGUUGUGGAGCUGUGAGGACAAGUAGAUUACCUUCUCCAGAGUCCUGGCUUCAACAGAGACCAAACCUUAGUGACCCAAAGUAAAGGCUUGUACAGGUACAUUUGAGUUUUAAUUUAUAAUCCAGUUUUCCUCUCAUUUUCUUAUGGUUGUUGGAGUCUCAUUUAGAAAACAGGAUAAAUGACGUCAUUUAUCAGAAGUUGCCUGGGCGUUUUGAGUUUCUUUACUGCCUUCCAGCCUCCCACGGUGAUGAUUUUUACAAUAGUGAACCAGAUCUGCACUAAACAGGGCCUUCACCUUUUAUUUUUUCUUGGCAGCCUUUGCUGUAAGGGCGGCCCUCUCUUGGCUGAAUUUUCGCUGUGGUGUGUGUCACCUCCCAUAAUAUCAGGGAGCUCUUUGUUAUCCCCUUGCACACUGCUGGAAAUUUAUUUAGAUGUAUUUUGUGUGUGUUGCCAUCAAAGAUGGUUUAAAAAAAUUUUUUUUUUUGAUGAUUGUCUUAUCUUCCUACCACUGCUCUAGAGUUUCUUUGGGGGAGUGGUGGUGGUAAGAAUUGUAUUGAUAACAGUUUUUCAGCAUUGAAGCAGCAGCAUCUCGCCUUGUUUUCUGGCCUUGCCUGGUGGUUCCUUUGUGCUUUCAUAAAAAGAUUAGUGAUUUGAAGACCAGGCACUUUAGCCUUUUCUCUUCUGUAAAUUUGGAGAAUGUUUGAGGCCACACUUCAGCAUGGACUCUGCCACAUCACUACCUUCUCCUCAGUAUCCUCGCAGCCCUUCACAGUCAUGAUGUGGUGAGAAUGGGGGAGACCAUGUGGUCCACUUGAGAUAUGGCACAGUAAAUUAUAUUCCUGAUCCUGGUAGAUUUGCUUUUUAUUUAGUCACUCCAGAGGUGAAGAGUCAGUAGUUCUGCCCCUCAGAUAGUCCCCUGUGGUUGGUGACCAGGGAGGGAAGAGCCCCCUUGUUAGGAGAUAGAGGUGCUUUUAUGAUGGGCAAAGUCAAACAAGACAAGGA